AUGUCAACGGAAUUUAAAUUACAAUUAAUUAUCAAUGAAUUACAAGAUUUAGGUUAUAAUGAAAUAGCAGAUCAAUUAAUUCAACAAGAAGAUAAUUUAUUGUCAUGGUUUUUUCAAACUUUUAAAAAAUCACAAUUUGACUUGCUUGAUCAAUAUUUAACUAACAUAAUCAAUCAAACAGAAAAUCCAGUUGAGCUUAUAAAUUUAUUAAAUUAUCAAGGUGAAUUUGUUAAGGAAUACAUAUUAAUCUUGCUAUAUUUUAUACGGAGAUUUAAUUUAGUUAAUCAAGAAAAUCAAUUGGAAUACUUAAAUAAUCAAUUGUUACCAAUUUUAGAUACAAUUAAUAAACAAGAAGUUUCAGAAUUUAUCAAUCCAACUAUCUUAUCAGAAUUAAAUAAACAAACUGAAUUAAAUGAUAAAUCUUUUCAAAAGUAUAUUAUCUACAGUUUCUUUAAAGACGCACCAAAUUUAUCAACAAAUUUAUCUACAAUUAUACAACAGGCCGUAAAAUAUCAACAAUCUCAAUCACCAUUGUUUAUACCACCAAGAACAAAACAUGACAAACUUGAUGAAGAAAUACCACCAUCAAUGAUUUUUCAAAAUAAUUUCAAUUGUAAUUUAUUACAUACUUUAACAUAUCAUCAAGAUGAAGUUUGGUUUGUUAAAUUUUCACCAAGUGGCAAGUUUAUGGUUACAGGUUCUUUAGAUGGUAGACUAAUUUUAUAUGAUGUACUCAAUAAUUUUCAAUUGAUUAAAAUUUUAGAACCUACUCAACAACAAGAAGCUUCUAAAUUUGUACCAUUUAGUUCGAAGCCAACCAGUGGUAAGAGAAAAGCAAUUAUUUAUUGUUGUUGGGAUCCCACUGAAAAAUAUAUAGUUAGUUGUUGUUUAGAUACAGUUAUUAGAGUUUGGUCAAUUGGUGAUAUAAAUAAAAAAAGGUAUACAAGAUCUUCAAGUGAUCUCAAUGUUGGUGAUUUUAAAUUAAUGACUUGUUUUACAUUAGGUCAAGAUAUUAAAACUUGGAGUUGUGAAUUUUUACCCAAAAACAAAAGAACAACUUUAAAUUCAAAUACUCCACAAUUCAUAGUGGGAUCUCCUGAUAAAUUUUUAAAGAUUUUUGAUUGUGAAGGAAAUGAAUUAUUUGAUUUUUAUGGGAAUUUAGAUGAUGAAGAAGAAGAAGAAAGUCAAAGUACAGAUGAAUCUAAAGAUGUUUCAAUGAAAGAUUCAGAAAAUAUAGAAAAUAAUUAUAAUAGAAUUAAUGAUUUGGCAAUUACACCAGAUGGUAAUUAUUUAAUAACGGCAAAUAAUGAUCGUCAGUUACAUUUUUAUACAAUUCCAGAUAUUUUAUCAGAUGAUGCUACAACUAGACGUGUCUCAUCAAUCAAUUUAAAAGAUUCAUUAAAAGGGAGAUUAACAUCUUGUUCAAUAUCUUCAAAUGGAAAAUAUUUAUUAGUUAGUUUUGCACCUGAAGAAUUACAAGUUUGGGAUAUUUCAGAUGAUAAACCUAUUUUAUAUAAAAAAUUUUUUGGUCAUUCACAAUCUACAUUUAUAAUUAGAUCUACAUUUGGUUAUUUAGUUGAAGAUACUAAACAAGAAGAAUUAGUUAUAAGUGGUGCUUAUGAUGGUUCAAUUUAUAUUUGGAAAUUAAAAACAGGUCAAUUAAUUAAACGUAUUAAAGGGCAUCUGAAAUUAUGUAAUGCUGUUGAUUGGAAUAUCAGAGGAACUUAUACAAAGGGUAAAGAUUAUGGUAAGAUAUGGGCAAGUGUCAGCGAUGAUAAACUAGUUAAAGUAUGGGGAAUAUAA